AUGUCGGACGACGAGAUUGUUGCAGGUCCUCCCGGAGCCACAUCGGUGGAUGCACGAGGAGCAUCCGAGUCGAAACCCAAAUACCGCUCAUGGCGCAAGAAGUAUCGCAAGAUGAAGACGCACUUUGACGACGUCAUGAAAGAGAGCAACAGCUUGUUCGUUGAUGAGCAGAAGCUCGAUAACCUGUCCAAGAGGCUGCAGGAGCAGAACGACCAAUUGCUCGACCUCCUUCUCGACCUGAACACAUCCUUGUCCAUCCCACACGAAUUGCGAUUCGAUCUUUCGUUGGCUCCUAAAUCCCAGCAACCGCAGGAAGAACGCGACAUGAACCUCGACACAGCAAACAACAUCAUAGCCAAUGCUCACCGCGCCUUCCACAACCACGAGAUUCCCCAACUGGACUUUGUUCGCAUACGACAGGAUAUAGAAGCCUUGCUGGCUCGUAAAAACGCUAAGAGUCUGGUCGACAUGGAGGCCCAAAUUCCCCAUCCACGAUACCACCAUCCCGUCCCAUCCCUUGUCGCCGAAGCAGAUCCAGCCUUCUUGUCCUCGUCGCACGAAGAUGCCUAUCUCACUCGCCUUGACAACAAGCUAGAACCUGCCGCCCUUAGCGACCCUCGCCCGCCCUCACCUCAGCCCCUUUCCAAACUUACACAGCGUGAACUCGACCGCGAGGUUGAACUGCGGAACCCUCUGUCCGUCCACAAUUGGCUCAAGAAACAUGGCACAAUUUCCGACCUUGAUGCCGCCUCUGAAGGUGGUGCCGCUCAGACCCCUGCGACAGUCAACAAACGACGUAAUCUCGCCAAGCAAGUUGGCGAUAGAGCAAUUGAACGUGCUAGAGAAAAAGAAGGAAGCCCAGGGAGUACUGCAGACAAUGACGACGACCUUGCCGUCGAUGACACUCCGGGCAAGCCGAAAAAAGCUAGGGACGACGACCAAACAUACCGGCCAAAAGGUGGCCGUAGCAAAAGCAAGCGAAAGAGAGAUGAGGGCGAGAAUACACCUGCUCGAGGCAAGAAGCAGAGGACGAGCCUCAACAUCCCUUCCGAUGCAUGA